AUGUCCUCCAACGCCCAAAAUGUGGGCAUCAAGGCCCUGGAGAUUUAUUUCCCUAGUCGCUACGUGCCACAAAGCGAGCUCGAGAUCUAUCUGGGAGCCAGUGCUGGAAAAUUCACGGUUGGCCUGGGUCAGCAUAAGAUGAGCUUUUGUGAUGACCGCGAAGAUCUCUAUUCCAUGGCGCUCACAGUGGUAUCGUCACUGCUGAAAAAGUACCAUAUUGACCCGAUGUCCAUUGGCCGCUUGGAAGUGGGAACGGAAACGUUGCUGGACAAAUCCAAGUCUUGCAAGUCUGUUCUCAUGCAGUUGUUCGGGGACAACUCGGACAUUGAGGGAGUCGACACUUACAACGCCUGCUAUGGGGGAACCAAUGCCUUGUUAAAUGCAAUCAACUGGGUCGAAUCAUCCACGUGGGACGGUCGCGACACCAUUGUCGUGACCGGGGAUAUCGCUUUAUACGACAAGCCCGCCGCUCGCCCGACCGGUGGCGCCGGCUGUGUAGCCAUGUUGAUUGGUGCCGAUGCGCCCCUGGUGCUGGAACCCUUCCGUGGAACGUACAUGAAGCACGUCUACGACUUCUAUAAGGCGGACUUCAGCUCAGAGUACCCCAUUGUCGAUGGGUAUUACUCCAACACAUGCUAUAUUGAGGCAUUGGACAACUGCUAUGAGCGGUAUCGUACUAAGUGUCUGGCUAAGAAUGCCCGUUUGACGAAUGGAGCAGCGGAUUUCCAAGGUAGCUUUUUGGAUACCUUUGACUAUUUUGCCUUUCAUGCGCCUUACUGCAAGCUCGUCUCCAAGGCGUAUGGUCGUCUAUUGUUUAACGACCUCCGGAAGGAGCCCGACCAUUUUGAUGAGAUUCCAGCAGAUGCCCGCGACGUCGAGCAGACAGCGUCUUUGACGGACAAAGAAGUUGAGAAGAUAUGCAUCGGGUUGACUAAGGAAAGGUUCCUCGAGCGUGUCCAACCAUCCCUUACAAUGCCCACAAAUUGCGGGAACAUGUACACCGCUAGUGUCUACUCUGGGCUAGUCAGCUUGCUGAGCAAUGUUCCUAGCGAGGAACUGCAGAACAAGCGCAUUGGCAUGUUCAGCUACGGCGGUGGUCUAGCCAGCACUCUAUUUAGCUUCCGUGUCAAGGGCGAUACUUCGGGGAUCGCGCAGCAGGUUCAGUUGAAUGAGCGCUUGGAAGCUCGCACGCCGGUCUCGCCGGAGUUUUAUAACGAGAUGUGCAACGUCCGGGAGAAAGCCUACCAGCAGAAGAGCUAUACCCCGGUCGGAAGCGUUGAUAGCCUGGCUCCUAGUACUUACUACCUUGUCCACGUUGACGAGAUGUUUCGACGCAGUUAUGAAAAGAAGCCGGUUGUCUGA